AUGUUCCUCUCCGUAUCCACCCUCUACGCAGCCCUUGCGCUUGCCUCGGUCGGCUCGGCCUCGCCCGUCCAGCUCACCAAGCGCUACCCAAACGCAAUCACCACCGACGCUCCCUUCUCUCAGUCUGACGCUCAGUUUGCUCAAUUCCCUCCCAUUUGCCCUUACGGCGUCUCCAAGUCGUCGCCCGAGAAGAAUAUCCUGUUCAUCCCUGGGACUGGCGAAUCCGGCGACAAUGCUUUCGCCAAGGGCUAUGUGCCUGCUCUCAAGGCGCAGGGCUACUUCCCCUGCUAUACCAAUCUGCCAAAUGUUUCGCUGAGUGAUGCGCAGGUCACCUCCGAAUACGUCGUCAAGCAAAUCGACUCGGUGUACUCUCAGGCAGGCAACAAGCCCUUCACCAUCUCUGCCCACUCGCAGGGUAAUCUCAAUGUUCAGUGGGGCCUCAACUUCUGGCCAAGCCGUAGGAACAAAAUCCGCAACUUCGUCGGACUGGCACCCGACUUCCACGGUACAGCUGAAGGCCAGCUGGUGCUCGCCGCUCAAUACGCCUUGAUCCACGGCGGAGCUCCGUCUGUGAUCCAGCAGUCGGUCAUCCUGGGUAAGCCGUCCAACUUCCUCAAUGCCCUCAACAAGCAUGCCAAUCAGCCCCUGGUACCCACCACGGCCCUCUACGGAGACUUUGACGAGAUCAUUCAGCCCGUCGCAAGCACCACCACUUUGGACAAUACGCCUGUGCCAAACAGCUUUGCGCACAUCGACCUGUCCCUCAUCUGCGCGGGGAGGACCGCAGCCAUUGUGGACCACUUCCGUACGCUCUUGAGCGCUCCUGCCUUCUGGCUGAUUCUGGAUGCCCUGCGCAACGGCGGCAUCGCCAACGUGAACCGAGCUAGGCUCCUGGCUUUGUCGCAAAGGCAGGACUUCUGUGCCGACCUGGUUCCGGGCGCCGCGGAUGACUCCGUGCCGCAGUUGGCCAAGACGGCCUUCAUGGCUGCUCUUGAGGUCGGGAGCAACGAUUUCCUGACGCAGACUACUGACAGGGAGCCGGAGCUCAAGCCUUACGCUGCUAACCAGCCAUGA